AUGGUCCGGCUCAAGUAUUGGAUUUUGGGUGUGAGAUCAGCCGCUCGGAAAGUUGUCCACCAAUGUAUUGCCUGUGUGAGAGCGCGACCCCAGCUGAUCGAACAGCUGAUGGCCGAGUUACCAGCAUCUAGAGUUUCUCCCACACGGCCGUUCUCUGUUAUUGGUAUCGACUACUGGGGACCGAUUCAAAUCAAACCACGACACCGAAGAGAUGCUCCAGGCAAGGCAUACGUGGCUGUGUUUGUCUGUUUUUCAACGAAGUCCGUCCACCUUGAACUUGUGGUGGACCUCACUACAGCCAAAUUUCUCCAAGCGUUCCGGCGAUUUGUGAGUCGUCGUGGUCUGUGUGCCCAUGUUUACACGGACAACGGUCGCAAUUUUGUUGGUGCGGCAAACGAGCUACGUAGGUUCCUCCGAAGCAACGACUACAAGAGUCAUCUAGCCAAGGAAUGCUCCGAGAAUGGGAUCCAAUGGCAUUUCAAUCCACCGAGGGGAUCUCAUUUCGGAGGUUUAUGGGAGGCAGCGAUCAACUCGGCCCAGAAGCAUUUCGUCCGUGUUUUGGGAAACCACUUGCUGCCCUUCGAUGAAAUGGAGACGCUUUUGGUGCAGAUCGAAGGUUGUCUCAACUCUCGCCCUAUCACCCCUCUGAGUGACGACCCCACUGACUUAGAGCCCCUCACCCCUGGUCAUUUUCUCGUCCAAUCGGCGCUUAAGGCAGUGCCCGAUGACGAUUUUCUGUCGGUGCCUACCAACAGGCUGACUCAAAUUCAACUUACCCAGAAGUUGGCGCAAGACAUUUGGAAGAGAUGGCAUGUCGAAUAUUUGGCUACAUUGCAAACUCGAUCGAAAUGGUGUAAGGCUCCCGUUAAAAUCGAAUUGAAUCGUCUUGUUCUCAUCAAGGAUGAGAAUCUCCCUUCCACACAAUGGGCAACUGGCAGAAUCCAUAAGCUUCAUCCCGGGGCUGAUGGGGUGACUCGGGUGGUAACACUGCAGACAGCCAAAGGUUCCAUCGCAAAGCUCUGUUUGCUGCCGAUCGCAUCAAUGGAUGGCGACAUGAAUGAAGGCGAGAAUUCAUCAAUCAGCAACGAAAUCGAGAAUGGAAAUCAGCAUGAAUGA